UAUAUCGGCCCUUUGUUGAAAUCACUAAUUUGUCUUUACCUUCCCUCACCCAACUCUCCGGUCCUCUUAAACAAAACACAACAAAAUUGUAAUAAAUCUACUCUUGUUCAGUCCCCAACUGACAGAUUUCUCAAUAAAUACAACACCUACAGCAAACAACUAUGUCUUCCCAUUUCUUGUUUUUUUUCUUGCACUGACAACUCAAAAUCUUGGCUCUUUUGUUUCAGCAUCCAAUGGCUUUCACAGCUUCUGUGACCAAACAGCUUGGAGACUUGCUUCAGGAACAACAGGAGCCUUUUGUCCUUGAGCUUUAUCUCAUCGAUAGAGGGUAUCGAAAAAAUGUGAUGCUUUCGAAGAGGAACAGAAUUUUCAGGAGGGCGUGUAGGAGCGAAGUGUUGUGCAGGAGGAGAAAAAUAAUUUCGAGGUGUUCGAGUGCUGUAAAGGCUUUGUUUGAAAUUCUUGGAGUGAAGAGAGGGAGCAGCAGAAAAAGUGCAGAGGGUACGUUUUCGCGAAAAGGCCAGCACAGGCAUGGGAAUUUACUCGAUGAUGAUGAGGGUGAUAUGGAUAGGAAGAUGAAGAAGAUUUCAGAAGACAGGAUGCAGCUCAGUCCUGUUUCAGUUCUUGAAGCAGCAUUGUCUAAUGAAGAGUCACCUGUUCAUAUAAUAGAUCAAACAAUUCAAAACACGGAGAUAUUGCGCGAAGAAGUCUCCAGUGACUCUAUCUACUCCGAUUCCUACGAAUCACUAGAAAAAUAUUUAUCAGGAAAAACAAGCGAGGUUUCUAAGCCUAAUUCACAUUCUCAACACACGAAAGUCACGUUAGCGUUGCUGCAAACGAAGCAGCUUCUGUUCGACUGUGUGAAGGAGGUUGUAGAGACUCAAAGAUUGAACAACAAGAGGCCCUGUGAGUUUAGAGAAGCUCUGGGAGCUGAGGCAUUUGGCAAGAGUUUGUGUGAGAAUAUUCUAAGAUGGACUACACAAUCUCUGAAUGCAAAUUACUCAAACCAGCUAUUUGAUAGAGACGUUUUGUGUUCAGCAGAAUGGAAUGUUUUUGAACAGGGGAAAGGAAUAAUAGGCAAGGAGAUUGCAGAUUGCAUUUUAGAAGAUAUUAGCGUUGACAUUGUAAUGGACUUGAUUAGAGUGUAAUUAUGAGUUUUAUAGAAGCUAAUUAAGAUACUUUUCAAGUCGCAUUCAGUCAUUCAUAGUUUUGGUCAAUUUCCAGCGUAUGUAUGUACUAGUUUUAUAGGUUGGGCAUUAAAUUUUAAGUCGUACAAGGCUAAGGAUUCAUGUGCUGAAUACAUUCAGGAAAUCCCGGGCAUCAGGCCACGUUAUUGGAAUUAUUCAGACCUUUCUUUGCAAUAAAAUGAUUAAUCACGAUU